AUCCCAAUAUCCCAUAGGCAAUGAAGCAAUCCCAUUGGCCUUAGCAAUCCACCUACCAUUGCUUCUCUAAGCACAAUUUCCUGUCCUAUACGCGUAUCUACAACUAAACUAUACUAUACGUAUUCUUUAUCUACCCCUCCAUUGACUGCAUUACUUCUCUAGCAAGUUUAGGUACCCACCCAUAUAAUCUUCAUCUUUCCUAAAUUUCUUCCCGUUUCCCCCUUUCAUCUGUCUCCAAUAAGUCGGGGUUACUAUUUACAAUUGAAGAUUCAAGAAAAGCAUGACCCUCGUGUAUUUCACAGAUUCUUGGAAAAUUGGAAGAAUUUACUUCAUACCCACAAUGAGAAUUUUCGUUUUCUUGGUGUUGUUUACUGUCGCCAUUGGAAGUGAAAAUUUCAACUCCCAUGUCUUUCCUAGGCCAUUGAUUAUCGACUAUCCUGAAAACAAUGAACCCCAAUUGAAGGAUGAGUUGAAGUGUACGACUUGGAGGUUUGCUGUUGAAACUAAUAAUUUAAGCCCAUGGAAGACGAUUCCAGAGGAAUGUGCUGAUUAUGUGAGGCAAUAUAUUGUGGGUCCAGGUUAUAAGAUGGACAUUAAUAGGGUUUCCAAUGAGGCUGGAGUAUAUGCAAAAAGUGUCAAUUUGGGAGAUGAUGGAAAAGAUGUAUGGGUUUUUGAUGUUGACGAAACUUUGCUUUCGAAUCUUCCCUAUUAUUCCGACCAUGGUUAUGGAUUGGAAGUUUUUGAUAGUGUGGAAUAUGAUAAAUGGGUUGAGAAGGGAAUGGCGCCAGCCUUAGGGUCCAGUUUGAAGCUUUAUAAAGAAGUUCUGAGUCUGGGAUUCAAAGUUUUCUUGCUGACUGGGCGCAGUGAAAGACACAGAAGUGUUACGGUGGAGAAUUUGAUGAAUGCUGGAUUCCACAAUUGGCACAAGCUCACUCUGAGAGGCUCGAACGACCAUGGCAAAACAGCAACAACCUUCAAAUCAGAGAGACGAAAUGAGAUGGUAGAAGAGGGGUUCCGAAUUGUGGGGAACUCAGGAGACCAAUGGAGUGAUCUUCUAGGUUCCUCUAUGUCUAAUCGUUCAUUCAAGCUUCCAAAUCCCAUCUAUUACAUUCCUUAAAGUAAAAAAUGUAACUAAUCUUCUUUCAGUAGAUUUGGUAGGUCAUGUUGAUGCAACAUGCCAAUGAUUUUUUUUUUUCACUGGCUAAUGGCUACCUUAUAAAUAAUGGAACUGUAAUUCUUGUAAUCCCUUGAACUGGAUUAUUGAUGAUUCAAUUAAUGUAUGCCAUGGGAGCAACAAUUGUGCAUAACCACCGUUUCCAUCUGUGACAUCUCUCACUCACUCUCUCUCUCUUUUGUUUUAGUCUCACUGCAGUAUCAUAGCAACGUUAUGAAGUUGGUGCGUUUUUGAAGUUUUGCUGCUUGAUUUACUAUGUUUUUUGCAGCAUUGGUAGUAUUUGACAACUAGUACGUGGAUUACUGCAGAAGAUAUUAUCCAUCUCCAUGGUCUUAUUUUAGCAAUGAAAAGAUACCGAUAAGAUGUCCUUUGUUUUGCAUAAUCUUAUUUUGGCUUAAAAUAAGCCAAUUCAAA